AUGGGUCAUUCCCACCAGAAGUCCCCUUGGCAAAGCAGCACCCAAAGGCCAAGGCUGGGGGCAGACGGAUUUUCAGUUCACAGCUCAAUAAUAAUACUUGAUAAUAAUGAUCAUUUAAAUCCUUACAACUGUCUGUUUGCUAAGGUGACGGAUAGACCAGCCCGGAAAGUGGAAGGAGGCAUAUUCUUCCCCAAGCCGGAGAACGCGGUGACGGUGGCCGUCUCCUCGCGGGUCCUGUUCCGCACCGAGCGCGAGCAGCAGGUCUUUGACGAGCAGGGCAUCGAGGAGUACCUGCGCUUCCAGGUGGAGCACGAGAACGAACACUUCCCCACGGGCCCCGCCUUCCCCUUCGUCAAGGCUUUGGAGGCGGUGAACGUGCGCCUGCGGGAGCUGUACCCUCAGAGCGAGGAGCUGUUCGACAUCGUUCUGGUCACGUACAACCACGCCCACGUGGGGGUCCGCCUUAUUAACACCAUCAACCACCACAACCUGUUUAUUGAGAGGUUCUGCAUGACCGGAGGAACCAGUCCUAUUGGCUACCUGAAGGCAUUCCACACCAACCUUUACCUAUCAGCAGACGCUGACAAGGUCAGAGAGGCCCUGGCUGAAGGCAUCGCGGCGGCCACCAUGUUCAUGUCGGAGAAGCUGUCGGCGGUGUCGCAGACGCAGCUGAGGGUGGCCUUCGACGGGGACGCCGUGCUCUUCUCCGAUGAGUCGGAGCGCAUCUUCAAGGCGCACGGCCUCGACAAGUUCUUCGAGCACGAGCGGGAAAACGAGGACAGGCUGCUAGAUCACGGCCCUCUGAAGGGCUUCCUGGAGGCCCUAGGGAAGCUCCAGAAGAAGUUCUACGCCAAGGGCCACCGCAUGGACUGCCCCAUCCGGACCUACCUGGUGACGGCCCGCAGCGCCGCCAGCUCCGGCAUCCGGGCCCUCAAGACCCUGCGGGCCUGGGGCCUGGAGAUCGACGAGGCCCUGUUCCUGGCCGGGGCCCCCAAGGGCCCCAUGCUGGAGAAGAUCCGUCCCCACAUCUACUUCGACGACCAGAUGUUCCACGUGGAGGGCGCGGCGGAGAUGGGCACCAUCGCCGCCCACGUGCCCUACGGCAUCGCACAGAAGUACCCCAGGAAACAGUGAGGCCGUGCUGUUGGGGACACGCUUUUUGGAGGCUGAUGACGCUGUGCACAAACAGCCUGAGUGUGUUCUGAAGGGACACCAGGGAAGAGUAUAAGGGAAAGAGAAUAAAAAAGAAUUAUUUAGACGACAAAAAUACAAAUCAAUGAGUUCUUUGCAUGCAAGAUCUCCUCAUGGGCCGUGUUGGUUUGCAUGAAUGCAGUGCGUCUUGUGACCUUGUACUGUUACAGAAGUGUUAUGACACCCUGUCAUUAUCGUAUUUUGAUCUUGAGCUUCCAGCCUCUCGCUUUUUGGAUCAAGGCUGAAACCUUUCGAUGGGAUUUCUGCUGACUCAGGCUCAGAACUAAGACUGACCUCCAGGUCGUAUAGGGGUAACCCUUCCUGCCUUGUGAAUGGUGUGGUGCGAUGAGAUGUGGUAGGUUGUCAAUGUUACCUUUAGCGCUCUACAUUUCAAGUUUGAAAGAAAAUCACAGAUAUCUUACUUAACACAAGGAAUAGUUAUUUAAAAUUCCUAUUAUUUCUGUUUUCUUCAACUUUUUGUUUCUCCAUAUUAUUAGGAUAUGGGGCAGGAGCCCACUGUAGAAAAGAUUUCAAGUGUAUAAAAAACCUUGUAUGUGUAAAACAUGUGACAUGCAUUAAUACAAUGAUUGUAAAUGUGUUUCAUACUUCUAAUAUAGCCAACUUGUUUCAUCAAGCCUCAAUGAAUGCUGUAGCUCAGAGCAAGAUAUAAAAGCCAUAGGUUUAGAUGCCAGCUGAAUGCCUUAGUUGGAGGCUAUUUAUAUUUGAACUAAAUGAAGAAAAUUGUUAAAAAAAUAAACAUAAUAAUAAUAAUAAAUACAAAAAGGGUUUAAUAUUUAACAAAAUGCAUUAUAUUGCUGCCGUAUUUUCAAUAAAAGGGUGGCUAUAAAUGCAAUGCUCUA